AUGGCACCUUGUCCCCGUGAUCACCGGGGGGUCUCGGGGCUGUUCCUGCACCCCGAGUUCAGCCCCGGCUCUCGGCGUCACCGGGGGGUCCCCGAGUUCUACGACUUCGCCGUGGCCCUGCUGGAGCUGGAGCGCCCCGAGCUGCUCCCCUCCGUGGGGCUCUCGGCCUCCUCCUCCCCCUCCGUGCUGCGCCCCCCCGGCCCCCCCGGCGAGGGGCUGAGGGGAGGGGGCUGCAGUGUCCCCUUCUGGCCAGGGGGUGAGGACGAGCCCACCCUGGAGCAGCUCCGGACCCCCCAGCCCGGAGAGGGGGAGGAAGAGGAGGAGGACGUGGAUUUUGAGACAGAGCUGCUGACGACCCCCCCCGGGAUGAAACGGGGGGUGCAGUUCCCGCCCCGAGGUUUUGAGGUUUUUUCCUCCCCCGACGCCGCCACCCCCGUGGAGGGGUUUGAGGAGCUGCUGCCGGACCCCGCCCACAGGUGGCCGUUGAAGCCGGAUCCGUUCCAGCAGCGCGCGGCUGUGCCUGGAGCGCCGUCACUGCUGCUGGUGGCCGCUCACACCUCGGCCGGCAAAACCGCGGUGGCCGAGUACGCCAUGGGGCUGGCCCGGCGCCACAUGACACGGUCCAUCUACACCUCCCCUAUCAAGGCUUUGUCCAAGCAGAAGUUUGGGGAUUUCCGCGACACCUUCGGGGACGUGGGGCUGCUGACGGGGGACGUGCGGCUGCGCCCCGAGGCCGCGUGGCUGGUGAUGAGCACCGAGAUCCUCAGGUCGAUGCUGUCCAACGGCUCCGACGCCAUCCGGGACCUGGAGUGGGUGAUCUUCGACGAGGUUCACUGCGUCAACGACGAUGAGAGGGGUGUGGUGUGGGAGGAGGUGCUGAUCCUGCUGCCCGAGCACGUGAAGCUGGUGCUGCUCAGCGCCACCGUCCCCAACGCCUUCGAGUUCGCCCAGUGGGUCGGUCGCACCAAGCGUCGCUGUGUCCGUGUUCUGAGCACCCCGCGCCGCCCGGUGCCGCUGGAGCAUUUCCUGUUCACCGGGAACAGCGCCCGGAACCGGCACCAGCUGUUCCAGCUGCUGGGCACAGGGGGGGCCUUCAGCACCCAGGGGUACUACGCGGCGGUGGAGGCCAAGAAGGAGCAGAGCAGCAAACACGCGCAGAGCUUCGGGGCACGGCAGCCCACCAUGGGAGCCCCCAACCCUGGGCAGGAGCGUGGUGUCUGGCUGUCCCUGCUGCAGACCCUCCGUGAGCGGGAGCUGCUCCCGGCCGUCACCUUCACCUUCUCCCGUGGCCACUGCGAGGAGCAGGCGGCCGCCCUGGGCUCCCUGGAGCUGCUGAGCGGCGCCGAGCGCGCCCAGGUCCGGCACUUCCUGACGCGCUGCCUGGCCCGGCUGCGCGGCUCCGACCGGCGCCUGCCACAGGUGCUGCAGCUGUCGGAGCUGCUGCAGCGCGGCAUCGGCGUCCACCACGGCGGGGUCCUGCCGCUGCUCAAGGAGGUGGUGGAGAUGCUCUUCAGCCAGGGGCUGGUGAAGGUGCUGUUUGCCACCGAGACCUUCGCCAUGGGGGUGAACAUGCCGGCGAGGACCGUCGUCUUCGACUCCAUCCGCAAACACGACGGGAAUGGCUUCCGGGAUCUCCUGCCCGGCGAGUACACGCAGAUGUCGGGGCGCGCCGGCCGCCGCGGGCUGGACGCCACCGGCACCGUCAUCAUCCUCUGCAAGGGAGCCGUGCCCGAGCUGUCGGAUCUGCACCGCAUGAUGCUGUGUCACUGCCAUGUUCCCACCGUGUCCCCCGAUGGCUUCGGCUCCCAACGGUCGCUCCCCGGCGCUGGGUCCAGAGCGGCCCGAGGAGGGGAUGCUCUGUGUGCCGGAAUGGUGAGAGGUGCGGGCGGGUCGGGGGGAGUUUAUCCACCGAGUAUAUACCUGGAAGUAUAAUGAUGAUCAAAAUAGAUAUUAAAAAAUAUUGAAGAUAAACGGGCUGCUUGGUUUUUAUUUAGUUAGAGGCAGGGUUUUUAAAUAAAUAAGAAAAAAAUAAAUAAA